AAUGCUAACAGAAAAUAAGGGAUUUACCAAGCACGAAGUUUCUCUGAACUUACAGUAUGGUGCAAUACUAAAUUUUGUCCAUUUGUUUCUGUUUCCCUGGGCUUUGGUUUUAAAGAAAGCAGACGCAGGAUACAGGUGCUGACCCCGCAAGAGACAGGACUUGAUAAUGUCUGGAUCUGUAACUUUACACAGCAUUAAAAGGAUUGGGGAAGAAAACAAAGCUUUUCAGUCAGAUGGAACAAGAGAUUGCUACAAUGGAAUACACAAAAAUACAUACAUGGUCAGUGAAGAUAAUCCUCUGGACAAGAAGAAGAAAGGCAAAGGGAACAAAUCAGAGAAGUCAAAUGACAAGAAUGAAGAUGUUGCAAUCAGGGUUGGAUUUUUUGAACUGUUUAGGUUUGCUUCUUGCUCAGAGAUUGCUAUGAUGAUUGUUGGUGGAAUCUCUGCAAUGUUCCAUGGAGCAGCACAGCCAUGUAUGCUGUUGGUGUUUGGUAUGAUGGCAGACACAUUCAUUCUUUAUGACAUUGAAAUACAAGAACUUAAACAAGGAUCAAACAAGACAUGCUUUAAUAACACGAUCAUUUGGGAAAAUGGAUCGUUGUUCUAUAGGGACAAUGAGACUCUAAGAUGUGGAUUCUUGGAUAUUGAACAUGAAAUGACAAAUUUUGCCAUUUACUAUGCAGGAAUAGGAGCUGCAGUCCUGGUACUUGGUUACUUUCAGAUAUGUUUCUGGGUAACAGCUGCAGCACGUCAAGUUCAGAAAAUCCGAAAAGCUUAUUUUCGGAAAGUGAUGAGAAUGGAGAUUGGUUGGUUUGACUGCAAUUCUGUUGGAGAACUUAACUCUCGGAUGUCAGAUGACAUCAACAAAAUAAAUGACGCCAUUGCUGACCAAGUUGGAAUCUUUAUCCAACGUUUCACUACAUUCAUUGCUGGAUUUCUGCUAGGAUUUGUCAGUGGCUGGAAACUCACUCUUGUUAUUGUCGCUGUGAGCCCUCUCAUUGGAAUAGGGGCAGCUCUUAUGGCAUUGUUUGUUGCAAAACUCACUGGAAGAGAACUACAGGCAUAUGCCACUGCUGGGGCAGUAGCAGAUGAGGUAUUGUCAUCUGUUCGAACUGUUGCUGCUUUUGGAGCUGAGAAAAAAGAAGUAAAAAGAUACGACAAAAACCUGGUAUCUGCCCAGCGGUGGGGUAUCCGUAAAGGGAUGAUAAUGGGCUUCUUCACAGGUUAUAUGUGGUUUAUCAUCUUCUUGUGCUACGCACUUGCCUUCUGGUAUGGAUCCAGCCUAGUCAUCGAGGAAGAAGAGUACUCACCUGGGAACCUUCUGCAGGUUUUCUUUGGAGUACUAGUAGCUGCUAUAAAUCUUGGUCAGGCUUCUCCUUGUCUAGAAGCCUUUGCCACUGGUCGUGGAGCUGCAGGAAGUAUAUUUGCAACAAUUGAUAAAACACCACAGAUUGACUGCAUGUCAGAAGAAGGAUAUAAACUGGACAAGGUGAAAGGUGACAUUGAGUUCCAUAAUGUCAGCUUUAAUUAUCCUUCCAGACCAGAAGUUAAGAUUCUAGACAGCCUAAAUAUGUACAUUAAGGCUGGAGAGACAACUGCCUUCGUGGGACCCAGUGGAGCUGGAAAGAGUACAGCCGUACAGCUCAUACAAAGGUUCUAUGACCCUAUGGAAGGAAUGGUCACGUUGGAUGGCCAUGACAUUCGAUCACUGAACAUCCAGUGGCUGCGUUCCUUGAUUGGCAUUGUUGAACAGGAACCUGUGCUCUUUGCCACCACCAUUGCUGAGAACAUUCGGUAUGGCAGAGAGAAUGUAACAAUGGAAGACAUCACUGAAGCAACCAAAGAGGCCAAUGCUUACAACUUUAUCAUGGAUCUCCCUCAGAAAUUUGACACUUUGGUUGGAGAAGGAGGAGGCCAAAUGAGUGGUGGUCAAAAACAAAGAAUAGCUAUCGCCCGUGCAUUGGUUCGAAAGCCAAGAAUCUUGUUAUUGGACAUGGCUACAUCUGCACUGGACAAUGAAAGUGAGGCCAUAGUACAGGAGGCACUCGACAAGGCUCGAAUGGGGCGAACGACAAUCUCUAUAGCCCAUCGACUGUCAACUGUCAAAAAUGCUGAUGUCAUUAUUGGAUUUGAACAUGGGAAAGCUGUAGAAAGAGGAACUCAUGAGGAACUUCUGGACAGAAAAGGUGUCUAUUUUACUUUGGUGACCUUGCAAAGUCAAGGAGACAAGGCUCUCAAUCUGAAAGCAAGACAAAUGGCAGAAAAAGAAACAAUUGAAGUAGAUGAAGAUGCAUCCCAUGAUACUCUUCAACCAUUUAGGAGAGGCAGCUAUCAAUCAAGUUUAAGAGCUUCUGUCCGGCAACGUUCAAAGUCUCAGAUCUCUAACUUGUUACCAGACACCACACUAUCAAUUGCUGGAGAUUUUUCAUCUGGUGUUCGCCGCCCAUCAGAAAUUUCUGCCAAGAGUGUUAAAAACAAGGUAACAGCAGAAGAAGAUGAACAUAUUGAACCUGCACCUGUCACUCGAAUUUUAAAGUAUAACGCUCCUGAAUGGCCAUACAUGUUGGUGGGAGCACUUGGAGCCUCAGUGAAUGGAGCAGUUAAUCCCCUGUAUGCUCUUCUAUUCAGUCAGAUUCUUGGGACAUUCUCUUUGCCUGAUGAAGAUGAACAAAAGAGACAAAUUAAUGGAGUCUGUUUGUUGUUUGUCAUUAUUGGGGUUGUUUCAUUAUUCACACAAUUUCUGCAGGGUUAUACUUUUGCCAAAUCUGGUGAGUGUCUCACAAGACGGUUACGGAAGAUUGGUUUCCAAGCAAUGUUAGGACAGGAAAUUGGUUGGUUUGAUGAUCACCAUAAUAGCCCAGGGGCAUUAACAACAAGACUGGCUACUGAUGCUUCUCAAGUUCAGGGGGCUACUGGAUCUCAGAUAGGGAUGAUUGUGAAUUCCCUUACGAAUGUUGGAGUUGCAAUUGUCAUCGCUUUCUACUUCAGCUGGAAAUUAAGUUUGGUGAUAACCUGCUUUCUCCCGUUCCUUGCCUUAUCUGGUGCAUUUCAAUCUAGAAUGCUAACAGGAUUUGCCAACCAGGAUAAGAAUGCGAUGGAAGCUGCUGGACGGAUUUCUAGUGAAGCCCUCACUAAUAUACGAACCAUUGCUGGAUUGGCAAAAGAAAAGAAAUUUGUAGAACUAUAUGAAGAACAACUGGAAGCCCCUUACAGAGCAGCUAUUAAAAAGGCCAAUGUGUAUGGAAUCUGCUUUGGUUUUGCACAGUGCAUCAUAUUUAUGUCAAAUGCUGCAUCAUACAGAUUUGGCGGUUAUCUGGUUGCAACUGAAGGUCUUCAUUUCAGCUUCGUAUUUAGGGUUAUAUCUGCUAUUGUCACUAGUGGUACAGCACUAGGCAGAGCUUCAUCAUACACCCCAGAUUAUGCAAAAGCUAAAAUAUCUGCAGCACGUUUUUUCCAACUACUGGAUCGAAUUCCUAAAAUAGAUGUCUAUGGUGAUGAUGGAGAGAAAUGGAAAAAUUUCAAGGGAAAAAUCGAAUUUUUGGACUGCAAAUUUACAUAUCCAACUCGACCUGACAUUCAAGUCUUGAAUGGCCUUUCAGUGUCUGUGAAGCCGGGGCAGACUCUUGCCUUUGUUGGAAGCAGUGGUUGUGGAAAAAGUACCAGUGUGCAACUAUUGGAACGUUUCUAUGACCCUGAUGGAGGGCGAGUGCUGAUUGAUGGUCAUGACACAAGGUAUGUUAAUGUACAGUUUCUUCGGUCCCAAAUUGGAAUAGUGUCUCAAGAACCUGUCCUAUUUGACUGCAGCAUUGCUGACAAUAUAAUGUAUGGUGAUAACACAAGAAAAGUCACUAUGGACGAAGUUAUUGCUGCCUCGAUGAAAGCUCAGCUUCAUAAGUUCGUUAUGGACUUGCCUGAUAAAUAUGACACUAAUGUAGGUGCCCAAGGGUCACAACUAUCACGUGGGCAGAAGCAGCGAAUCGCCAUUGCACGAGCCAUUGUUAGAGACCCAAAAGUCUUGCUACUCGAUGAGGCUACUUCUGCACUAGAUACAGAAAGUGAGAAGACAGUACAAGCAGCAUUGGAUGAGGCUAGACAAGGCCGAACCUGCAUUGUCAUUGCACACCGUUUGUCCACUAUCCAGAACUCUGAUGUAAUAGCUGUUAUGUCACGAGGAAUUAUCAUUGAGAAGGGGAACCAUGAUGAACUGAUGUCUAUUAAAGGAGCAUAUUAUAAACUUGUGACCACUGGAGCACCAAUCAGUUAAUGUAUUAUCUGUAGAUAUGCUAGCUAAUACUGUUAUGCCAAACAGAUGUUGUAAAUACUUUGGAAAUAAGAGUAAAAAUCUGUGUUGCUGCACUACAGAUUUGAAGUAGCAACUGUAGUAUGCAAUGUAUUUAAUUGUAUUGUGCCUAUAGCCUUUGCUGUCCAAAAGGUUACAUUUUGAUGUACUUGCAAAACUAAAUUUGGAAGGAAGGCAUCAGAACAUGAAGAAACCCUGAUGUUUCAUUAGCUACAUAAUACUUUGCAGAUUGUAAAAAUGUAACAUAAUAUGAUGCUAACACGGUUCUGAUUUUCAGAAUGCUAAUUACCUAAUCUAAUAAGUGAAAAACACACAUUCCUACUGUACAAAACUAGAAACACUACUUCAGAAUCAGUUGAAAUCUUGAUCAAUUAGCAUAGUACUAAAGCUUUACAAUGUAGCUGUAAUUGUUUUGCAUGGAACUUUGAAUGCUAUGUCCUUUAACUAUAAAUGGAUUUACAGUUACAUGUCAUAGUCUAGUAGCAAUCUGUAGAGUAAUAUAAACAACCUGCUUUUCCUUUGCUUUUAUUUUCACCUUAUCAUGUAGCGGGAGUAACAAAGAUCAUGCUGUGAAGAGUUGACCAUUUGUUUUCAGAAUGACAUUUGCAGAAUCACUGUAACAUUCUUUACAGUGUGAAUUUAUUCUACUCAGUUUAAGGCAAGUGUAUUAAUUAAAUUGCUUGUGUUUUGUUCUCAUUUGUAAUUAAAGAAAUCAAUAAAUAUGUGUCAGCCAUCUGUA